UGGACGGAAACGCGCGCGAAAAGAAAACUGAACUGAGUAUGAUGCUCAGUAUGUCUGCAUGACUGACAGGGCACGAGUUGAACCUGGUUUAGAGGUCUUUCUAAAUUAUCAUCACAAUGAAGCCAAGUAUUUGAUGUGACCAUAUAUAUAACAAACCUAUUUUCAGUCUGAAUUAACUGUCACCACACUCACAACAUAUUAAAGUUUCACAAUGGGAGAGUUUAAGAUCCACCAUCAUGUCAGCGAACUGAUGAAUUUACUAGGAGUAAAGUCCACAGAUGAAGUAGGCGCUGAAGUGUACACUGAGAUGCUCUUGAAGAAUACAACUCCUUAUAUUACAACACAGGUAUCAGCCCACCAUGCAAAGAGGAAGAUAGCACAGUGCAGUGGCACACCCAUUGAGUUCUUGUCCAAAUAUGAUGAACUUAAAGCUAAAAAUGUUCGGGACUUGGACUCUCUGGUGUUCUUGCUCUCCAAGUUAUCUGAGGAAAAAAAGACAAAGCAAUUCCUGGGAAAAAAUGCCAAAGACCGUGCAGACAAUGCUGGUCUUACUCUCACAUCCCACAGUAAAGUCAUAUCACAGUUACCUGCCCCUGGAACAAAGAUGACCCAACAAGAGCUAACAGAGAUCAAAGAUAUGCUGUUAAGAGAGGCAACAUCUACUGAUGCAAUAACAUCGUCUGAGCUGUUACGGAAAGGAUUACGAGAAAAACAGUUGAAAAGGAAUGUGAACGUUCCUGUCCAGCCUGAGUGGUUGUUUGACAGACCUGCUCUGACCUUAGACUUCAUUGUCAACACUGACCCCAUUGCUGAUGAAAAUGUGGUAGCUCUGGGCACCUUACCUGCUCCUCAGCAGGAACUGGCAAUACUGGAGGACGUCCUCCAUUGUAUGCAGGGCAUUGAGGGGAAAUAUAUUUUAGCCAGACCUCUUAAAGACAAGUACUCCCCCAAAGAGUUUGUAAUUGACCAAUCUUUGGAUCCAUCUCUUAAAGAGUUUGUGAACCGAAUUUUACCACUGUGCUCAGACUACUCUGUUGUAGUCAGAUUUAUUGAAGGUAAACUUGCGUUUGAGUAUGGGUUGGUCAGCCAUGCUCUAAGUGCUGCCAUGAGAACCAUUAUACGGGACUACACUAUUCUAGUGGCUCAGCUGGAGCGCCAACUGAGGAAGGUCAAAUUUGUCCUGCAGAAGUUAUGGUUUUACCUUCAGCCCACCUUCCACACCUUAGGUCUUCUGGCCUCUGUGGCUAACUCAGUCAACAGGGGAGAGUGUAUUGGAGGUGCAAUUUUAAGUCUUCUUCAUGAGAAAACAUCAAGUUUGAUUGGUGAUGGGAAAGGCCAAGAUCUUUGUCUGUACCUCACUCAGGCUGCCUGUGUUCCAUACUUUGAAAUUCUGGAAAAAUGGAUCUACAAAGGAAUAGUUUCAGAUCCGUACUCUGAGUUUUUGGUGGAAGAAAAUGAGACCAUACAGAAAGAGAAACUUCAGGAGGAAUACAACGAUGCGUACUGGGAGCAGCAUUACACAAUCUGCAGGGAAAGGAUACCAGUAUUUUUGGAACAAGUUGCUGAUAAAAUACUAAACACUGGCAAAUAUUUGAAUGUGGUACGACUCUGUGGUCGUGAUGUGAAAUUCCCAAGCGCAGUUGAGAUUGAGUACACUUUGAAAGACAGAAAAUACUUUGACCAGAUAGAGAAGGCGUUUAACUAUGCAAGCAAGCUACUGCUUCAGCUGUUAAUGGAGGAAAAGCAACUUAUUGCCAGGAUAAAAUCUAUCAAACACUAUUUCCUGCUGGACAAGGGAGACUUCAUUGUUCAGUUUAUGGACAUGACAGAGGAGGAAAUGAAACAAAACAUUGAUGAUAUCUUACCCACCAGACUUGAGAGCUUGCUAGAGCUGGCCCUACGCACAAGCACAGCCAAUGUGGAUCCCUUUAAAGACGACCUCAAGGUUGACUUGCUGCCUUAUGACCUAAUAACUCAGAUGUUCAAGAUUCUUACAAUUGAAACCAAACUAGAGAAAGAUUACAGAAUUGACCCGACAGAUUUACAUCUCUCAGGCUUGGAGUCCUUUUCCUUUGACUAUGUGGUGAAGUGGCCUGUGUCACUUGUCCUGAACAGAAAGGCUUUGACCAGAUAUCAGAUGUUGUUCCGUCACCUGUUCUACUGCAAACAUGUGGAGAGGCAGUUGUGUGGUGUGUGGAUGGGGAAUAAGGCUGCUAAGAUGUACAGUUUACGAUCUUCACGAUGGUACUCGUCAGCGUUUGCUCUGCGACAGAGAAUGCUGAACUUUGUCCAGAACUUUGAGUAUUACAUGAUGUUUGAGGUGGUGGAGCCCAAUUGGCAUCUCUUCCAGACAAACCUGGAUGAAGUAACAAAUGUGGAUGAUGUUCUGGAGUGUCACACUGACUUCCUGAACAAUUGUCUCAAGGACUGCAUGCUGACCAACCCUGAUCUGCUGAAGAUUGUCCACAAACUGAUGAUGGUCUGUGUAACCUUUUGUAACUGUGCUCAGCGGCUGACUCAGAGCACCAGUGUGGAACUGGAGGGAGGGGACCUAACCAGAGUGGCCACACUUCAGGGUCUGGCAGAGCCCACCCUGAGGGAGAGGAAGCAGGACCCAGACAAAAACAAGAUGACCAGAAAGGUUGUAUCAGAGCAUGUGGAUCAGUUGGCUGGAAGUGAGAAUUUUGAGCGGACUAUCCUAAAUUUUGAUACCAACUUCUCUCGGCUAUUGCUGGAGCUGCUGGACAAAAUAAUGGACUUUAGUAGCUGUGGUAGUGAACACAAGCUUUUGAACAUUCUGUACAGGUUGGAUUUCAAUGGCUUUUAUACAUCUAAACUAGAGGCCAUGUCAUUAGAGAGAUCCAUGAGGGAUUCAUCUCUUUCUAGUAUAGAUUCAGGACAGUCGAGUACAAGGCCUGCUUCGUUCACCACACAGAGGCCAGAUUCAGCCCGACUUGUGCCAGGAUUUCAUCAGUCUAAAGGUGGCGAGGAUGGCUGAGACCUCCAGUACACACUUUGUCCCUCUUUUUGUAUGCAACUUGGCCACAGACAUUUUAUUUGAUAGGUGCUGAGUUUUAUCAAGUAUACCUGAAGUGCCUGGGGCCUAAAUGCUUACAAAGCAUCAAAUCUAUGAAUCUAUCAUUACACAUCACGUUUGAUCUAUGCAAAGGAGUUUCGCUGGCUUGUUUUUUUUUCCUGCCAUUUGUCAGAUGGAUUGGUUUGUUGUGUAAAUAAGUUAUGUAUAGUACAAGCAAAAGGAUCGUUGUGUGUUGGAACUUGUUUAAAUUGGUAAAGAAGGGAAGAGCAUACAAACUCUUCUUUUCUUUUAUUGAUAACUGAUGUUAGUUCACCAUGCAAUACAGAUGAAAAAAUGCUAAUUUUGCUGGAUUAUGUAAAGUUUUGUAGUGUGAAAGCUGAAAGAAAAUGGUAAGAGUGAAUGGAGUUGUUGGAGUAGAGGCGUGGUGGUUUCUCUCUUCUGAUGCCAAUGUAUAUAUCUGGUCCUAGAUUUUUUGAUCUUUUGUGCUGUUGGUUGCCA